AUGACGACGCAGCUUCUGGCCACGGAGCUAGCUAAUCUCAUUCAGGAGAGCAAGCGGAAACACAGUGACCUUCGACAGGCAGCUGAAAGAUCCCUAGAGGAGCUGAAAGGCCUUGGCAUUGUGUCUGAAGCCACAGCUCCUGAGCUGCUCUCCCAAAAGCCCAGCUUUGUGAAUCCCUUCAUAAUCGCAUGUGGAACCAAGAAUGCAAAAUUCACCGGCAUUGCAAUAGUUUGUCUGCAGCGGCUUAUCGUUGCGAAAGCGCUGCCCAGGGCGAAGCUCAACCAGGUCUUGGAGGCUUUGAUGCAGGCAUCAUCGGCUGGGCUUGAUGUUCAGUUAAAGAUCUUGCAAGCGUUACCUUCGCUGCUGCAGAACUACUCGUCAGAUUUGAAUGGCGAUCUUCUUGUCACUGCCUUGAAUAUCUGCUUCAUCUUACAGAGUAGCAAGAAUGCCAUUGUGAAUAAUACCUCAGCUGCUACCCUCCAACAGCUAGUGGUUUCAGUCUUUGAUAAAGUAGUUGGCGAAGAUAAGAACAAUAAUGAUGCCCCUAUUGCGGGAGAAGCGCCAUCCGGGGACGGUAAAGUAGAGCUUCGCGCCGCCGCCUUGGAUGCCUAUCGUAUUUUCAAUGACCUAUGCCUCUUGACCGAGAACCAACGGUCCGAGUUUUUACGGUUUUCUGGCUUGCAGCAAACAUUUGGGUUAGAGUUGAUCGAGUCAGUCAUCACAAAUCAUGCAGCCGUCUUUACGAGCCAUCCUGAGCAAACCCAUAUUCUCCGCGAGCGCGUUAUGCCUCUUUUGAUGAGUGCUCUUAAAGGGAGACCAUCGUUCGCCACAACUGUGAGGCUCGUACGCAUUCUCUACACCCUGUUGCGCCGCCAUAUUAGCGUCUUACCUUCAGAGUGUGGUGAUGCGCUCUUGCUGCUUACAACCCUCUUGGACCAAGAUACCGCUGUCUGGAAGCGAGCGUUGUGCAUGGAAGUGUUUCGCGGCAUAUUUGCUGAACAUGCCCUUGUCCGUCGCAUAUUCGCCAUGUAUGACGCCAAGGAGGGCGAGAAAGACAUCAUCAAAACACUUACUGCGACAUUUGUUCGAGUCAGUACUGAGAAGCCGGCAGUAAUUGGUCUAGGGCAUCAAUCCACGAUGCCAAUGGCCGAUCCUUCUGGAAGCUCUGGCCUAUCUGCAGAUCCAGCCUUGAUCGAAGCUACUAGUGUCACUGGAAUCAUCAGCGGCUCUGUUGGAUCGGAGAGCUCCAACGUAGGAAUCAGCAUACAAUGGAGCUCUGUUCGCGUUCCUUGUAUAGACCAGCUGGACAAAACCGAAGCACCGGCUAUUCCCGAAUCGUACAUCUACAGCUUGAUACUAGCAUGUCUCUCAUCACUGUCAGACGGGCUUGCCAAGUUUAUCCUACCUCUUACAGUUCCUAAUGAGAAUAGAGCUCGGAGAAAGACAUCGAGGCAGGAUAUGGGGCGUAGCUCACCUGCUCCGUCCCAGCUAGAAGCAGAAGCGCCGCCUCGCGGAGGAUUGCGGGAACGAUCGGCUUCAUUUAAGAGAAAUCCCGUGCCGAUUAAUCCUCUAGAACAGGAAGAUCAUCCUGCACAUUCAGAGGUCAAGAUUUGCUCAGAAAUCGUCAACGAGUGCUGGCCUGCUAUUCUGGCAACAUGUUCGACCUUUUUAUACGCCGCCUUGGAUUCAGAGUAUUACCACGGCUUGGUUCGUGCAUUUCAGCGAUUCGCCCAUGUUGCAGGCCUGUUGCAGCUUACAACGCCGCGAGAUGCUUUCCUAUCUACACUCGGAAAAGCUGCUGUGCCUCCGAACAUUCUGAGCGCAUGCGUCAAUGCCGGCCAGUCACGAUCGGUAGCCACCACGCCAACGGAAACUCCGAACAGCGUUUUUAGCAAUGCCCGGGGCCUUCUCAGCGUCGAAAGCUUGGCACAGGUGUCGAGUCCUACUGAGAGGCAGCGACAAGGGUCCAUGGAUGCAUCAAUCACUCUAAAUACACGUAACCUCCUCUGUCUGCGAGCUCUACUCAAUCUUGGCAUCGCACUUGGUCCGACGCUUGGGCUCGCCUGGGGUAUCAUACUAGAGACACUACAGCAGGCAGACUUUGUCCUCUAUGUUACCGGAAAAGCCCCAGGGAGAACUCAGUCUCUAGGUCGCGGCGGACAAGAUUACCAGAACGAAACAGAAGCCAACUCGCUCAUGGUAAACUUCAGCACCGAAGUUCGAUCAGUGGAAACAGCCGCCUCCAGAUUGAUCGAAAGCAGUGUUGAUUUUCCCAACGAGUCGUUUAUCGAGGUGGUUCAAGCCAUCUGCGGCUUACUGCCAGAUGAGAGCCAAACAAACUCAAGCACACCAAACAAAGAACAGCCACAGCAGAGCCAGCAGGGCAAAGCCCCAUCUGGACAACAUCGGCGGGUGCUCAGCUUCUCUGGCCAAUCUUCGACAACAUCCAAUCAAGAACUUCAAUUUGCACUAGCCAAGCUCGGGGAGAUUGCCAUGAUCAAUCUAGAACGCCUGUUGGCAUACGAUCCAAAAGAAUCAGGUUGGGAUCCCCUGAUGCAGAAGUUGAUUCAGACGUUAGACUCGAGCGUCAUUAGCCCACCAGUGAGAACAAGAGCCUCAGAGAUUCUCGCAAAGCUAGCGCUCGAAGCAGCUACUGCUGCGGGCGCGCAAUCCCCUGAAGUUCGAGGGGCGAUUCAACUCAGAUUGCUGGGAGCACUCCGCGACUCAUUGCAAUCUUUGCAGAAAGGCGGCCGAGAUAUCUCUGUUGCAAAUGCGACAACCGAUGUUGAAAUCCAUAGAAUUAUUUUGGAUGGCCUGCGAAGUAUCAUUGAAGACUGUGGGCAAACUCUAGUCAGCGGCUGGGAUGUCACGUUUGAUAUCAUCGGAAGUGUUUUCAUAACGAGAGAAGAGAAUCUGGAAGAGGACCAUGAAUCAGUUAUCGGUGCUCGAAACCUCGGCACACGAUCUUCCAAACUUGUACGGUCUUCUUUCAGCUCACUUCAGCUCAUUUGCUCAGAUUUUCUACCAUCAUUGCCCAACUCAUGCUUCUUGAUUCUAGUCGACACACUCUACAAAUUCAGUUCACAAAACGACGAUCUGAAUAUUGCAUUGACGACUGUGACCUUUUUCUGGGCCCUCUCUGAUUUCCUAUCUGGCAAGGACAAGUCACUCGACAUAACGACUGACCUGUUUCAAGACGCUGAUGUGGACACGCUAGAGCGCUUAGCAGCAGACCACGGUGGUCGAGGAUCUGGCGCCGCCUUAUGGAUGUUAUUGCUUUUGAGGCUUACAGCUGUCGCCUCAGACGAUAGGGUUGAGCUUCGCAAUACCGCAAUCCAAACCCUGCUCCGAAUCUUUGAUGCAUAUGGCGAAAGACUCAGUCCUGAAGCUUGGUCAAUAUGCAUCAAGUCAGUUGUGUUUAAACUGCUAACCUCGCUUGAAGAGGAGUUACGAAGAACUGCGGAAGAAGAAACUGCUAAAACCGAUAGGCUGGAGUGGCAUGACACCGCGGUGGUUGUGCUAAAUGGCAUAUCAACGUUGCUUGGAAACAAUCUGGAGGUAUUGACAGCACACUCAUCGUUCAAUAAGCUUUGGAAUGAGCUGCUUGAGCACUUGGCUACGUUGCUCGACUUUCAGGUCCUCGAUAUAAACACUGCAACGUUUAAAACGCUGGGGCAUGUGCUCUCUCAGUCGGGUGAUGAGGACAAGCUUGUUUUCAACGAGACAACGGUUACAUUCGCUUGGAAUCUAUGGUCUCGUGGUAUCCCAAUUACUAAAGCACCCGAUGGGAAGAUUCCAGACAACCAAAAUUGCCUGACUGCAUAUGUGGCGGCUCUUCGAGAAGUUUACCGGCUUAUUAAGUCUGAUCUAACCGUGGAGAGAGUUCAACGAAUCCUUGCUUUGCUACGAAAGACUGUUGAAGAAGCUUCUGUAGGGAGCUAUGCCACAGAUAUCGAUAACCUGACGCAGCUUCAGGCACAAAUAUUAGAUGCGGUGAAAAUGAUUCGGACCGAUAUCGACGGGGUGCCAUCGGCCCUGAUCGUGCAAGUGGCCGAGUUUGUAACCUUGGCCUAUGAUCAAGACUACGAGUCCCGACCUGUGUCAAAGAGAACAUAUGUUGCCAUGUCAAAAGCCAGUAUGCAGAUGCUGGAGAGCCUUGUUGUAAGCCACUCAUCGGAUGCAGAUAUCUAUAAGAGCGGAUCGGUCGUCACCGCCUUAUCUGCCCUCUGCAAGCCAAUUUCUCUCAAAUACCAGUUUCCCAUUACCACGAGAACUAUUCAGCCGUGGAAAUCGGCGACUUCUACUGCUUUGGUGGUCAUACAAGCAACACUAUCAAAGCUCGAUGAUCUUGACAUUCCCACAUCCACAAUCCAAGACAUCUGGCAAUUGAUUGCUGAGAUUGCAGAUGGCAUUCUCAGCGCUGAUUGCAGCAAAACACCACCCGGAACGGACAUUGGAGAUGAUGAAGCAACAGACAUUGGUUCUUUCCACAAGUUGGUGGAGCUGAUCAUCCCUCUGAUAGGAUCAGAAAAGGUGAAAGAAGAAACUCGCAGCGCAUACACUAAAAGCCUGUUCAAGACAUCAAUCAUCCAUGAACCGCCGUCGGCCGACAAGCUUGCCCUUGAAGAUGGAGAAGCUGGACUGUCUAAGCUAUAUAUACCACGAACCGGGCGCACAAUAUCCGAUCCCCCGACACUGCGCACGAAGAUGGCCUAUGUCGCAUUUGAAGAACUCUUCCUGCUCAUUUCAGUGGACGAACCGACUGCUCACAAGCCAUCUGCUGCUAAGCCUAUGACAGAUUACUCUGCUUGUAGAACCCGCAUUGCUUGUUCCGCAGCACCAUAUCUAGUUCUACGAUGCGCAUUGACGCUCCGCGCCUAUGUGUCUGACCAGCCGCUUCGAGGCAAAAUGCCACAGCCUCUAAGCCAGAGAAAGGAAUUGCUAUGGACCCUACAACAAGUGGUUGACUUGCAGAGCCAGAGCGAGGCGAUAUCACCUCUUGAAGGGGCUAAGAGCGAAAGCAGAAAGCAUCUGUUGAGGUUAUACGUCUUGAUUGUAAAGGCGUUGGGAGUGCAUGGUGAUGAGAAGGUAUUGUCGCUUUUGAGGCAGGCGUUGGAGAUUGUCGGUGGUGAAUUUGGAGCUGUUUAA